AUGGCAUCGCUAGUACCAUCUGCGUGCCACUCCACAGCGCUGACACGUGGCCAUUCCACGGCGGCUCUUCGCAUUGACAGCAGCACUACAGGCACGUGCACGUCGCUCGCCGUGGCGACCACCAUGCCUGCACGCCCGCACGCACUCUCCUGUUUCUGCGCGUCCCCAUUCCUCCGCCGCUCCCCGUCUCUUGGCCACUCCAACGGCCAUAGUCCGUCGCUCGGUGCGAGUCAUGGUGUCCCGCGCCGCUGGAGCUUCUCUUGCUCUGCUACUGCGCGCGAAGCGGGUGGCGAGGCGGCGGAAGUUGGUGUCACGAGCAGCUCCGCCCUUCCCGCCUCGUCUCACGAGCAUCAUGAGCUCGCCGGCGUCAUCGCCGCCCGGCCCGCCGCGGGGCCGGGCACAGGCUUGGAGGAGACCAACGUGGGGCACGAAAGUACUCGAGCCGCGGCGCAGGUGGCGACAGCGUCGCUGUCGCAGGCUCUGCUGCGACGGUCGUCGCGGACUGUGGCGACUGUGAGCGCUGCGGCCGCCACAGCGGGACGGCCAGGAGCUCGCAUGACAGGGGCGCUGCGAGGCAAGGGAGGAGUGGUGGUGGCAGUUGUGCUGGCUGUGGCUGGCAUAGCUACACUGGUGAUGAGGGAGCACCAGCACCAGCAUGAGCACGAGCAUGAGGAACAUGGCAACGAGUGCGAGUUGUGUGGCGGGUAUGGGCUACACUGCUGCACGUUAUGCAAGGGCACGGGCUUGAUUCGCUGGGAGGGAAAGUUCGACCGCAAUGAUCCGUGUUCGGCCUGUGUAGGCGAAGGGUGUUCCAAGUGCCCAGAAUGUGGAGGAGUGAAAAUACGCAGGGCUGGUCGCACAUCGUCGCACCGUCGCACCCCUUUCCUUCCCCUCCGCUCCUUCCGGAAUCCGCUUUUCGCUCCGCUGCCCCCGUCUCGUCCCUGCGCUCUCCGCGCAUCGAAGGCGGGCAGCGACGCGCCUCUCAGCGACUCCACGGGCGGGGAGGGCCAGCAGCCGCGGAAGGACGCAGAACGAUCCUCGGGGGCGGAGUUUCCGCCAGGCGCGCUCAACGGGGCGAGCAGGCCCGGAGCGGGUGGCGGAGGCGGCGGCGGUGAUGUUGCGGUGACGUGGGGCGAUGGGCAGAAGAAGGACGUUUCCGGGGGAUGGAGCGAUCCGUCGGAUCUAGACCAAUCACGAUCGUCGGCGGGUAACCCGCCAGGCCUUCCCGAGUUCGCGGCGGGCUUCGUUCUGCUGCUGGGGCUCGGCGCGCUUGCCUUCGCCGGCUUGCACAAACGAGGUGCGUUGCUGCUCUCGCCUGCCCUGUGCACCAUCACCAGUCACCCGAUUCAUCCCGUUGCCACUCUUAAAAGUGCUCGCGUGUACAUCUUCGCAAGUAUCGCCAUCGUCGGCGCCAGCAGCAGGCCAGUGAAUCCUAAACCCACGCCCGCCGUCGUUUCUCCCCCCCCCCCAGUGUCCUCUGCAGGCCGUACCAGUGCUCCCAAGCCGCCUGAAGCGGCGGUGGUCGGCACGCUGCUGCCGUCCUCCGCUCAACCCAGCCCGUCGGGCCAAGCACCAACCACCGAUGCGUCUGCUGCUACUGCUGCUGCCCCCGCGUCGGCCCUGAGUGGUUCUGAGGGGUCAGGCAGCGAGAAAAGGGGGGAGACGGGCGCGGAGAGGCAGGCGGGAGGAGAGGGAGAAUCAGGAGCGAAAAGGGCAGUGAGCGCGGAUGGGGCAGCAGGAACGGGAGGAAUGGGGGAUGCGGCAUCGAGCAGGGGCGUUGACCCGUCACUGAACGACCUGCUGCUGCCGUCGCAGAUCGUGGCUGCUGCCACUGUCGCUGCUGACACGCCCCCGCCCCUCCCCUUCGCCAUCACCCUGCCGCACCCCGGCACCACCACUGGCGCCGCCGCUGCUGCUGCUGCUGCUUCCAGUGAGGCAGCGGGCAGGCAGCAGGGCGAAGAGAAGCAGGCCUUGCGUGGCGAGGCGGCAGAGCAGGCGGGGAGCAAGGCGCAGGGGCUGGAGCAGCUGCUGUCGGGGAACCAGGGGGAGGCGGGCGCGGCCCUGAGCGCGCUGGGAGUGGGCGGCGGGGCGGAGGAGGAGGGGGAGGACGUGGUGGGGCCGUUCGCGGCGGAGAUGGCGGAGUCAGUGUCGGAGCUGCGCCCAUGGCUGGAGGCCAUGCAGGCGGAGCAGGCGGGAGAGGGCGCGGAGGGGGGGGAGGCGGGGGAGAAGGCCAUGGAGGGACGGCGUGAGGGGGGAGGAGAAGUGGAGGGAGCGUCUCGAGAGAAAGCGGAUGGGGGAGGUAAAAAGGGUGAGGGAGUGGCGACAGCAGAGGACGUGACGUUGAGUGGAGUGCCGGCUGUUGCGAGCGUUGCUGAUUCCGACCCUGCAGCUGCUCCCGCUCCUGCUGCUGUGCCUUCUCCUCCGCCUGCGGCAGCAGCAGCUGACAGCGCGAGCAGCAGUGCAGGCGGUGCCAGCCCCAUGCCAUGGGGCAUGGCGGUGUUUGUGCCUGCGCCGCUCAGCGCCGCGCCCCCUGCAGCAGGCGGGGCGGGUGAGGCGAGGGCGGGGCAGGUAGUGGUGCGUGCAGCCGUGGACAGCUCGCAGCACACGGCGCUGGAGGCGCUGCAGGCGCUGGAGGUGCGGGGGGAGGGGGGGGGGGGGGAGGGGGUGGGGGGAAAGGGAGUGGAGGGAAUGGAUGUUGGCAAGGAUGGUGGGGGGGUUGAAAGGGUGAUAGAGGAGGGUGUGGACGCGGCGGGCAUCUGCUCUCGCAGGGAGUUCGCUCGCUGGCUGGUGCACGCCUCCAACACACUGUCGCGGGCGGCAUCGGAUCGCAUCUACCCCGCCAUGUACGUGUAUGGCUCCACCGCACUCGCCUUCGAUGACGUGCCCGCCUCUGACCCCGACUUCCCUUACAUUCAGGGGCUGGCAGAGGCAGGGCUGAUCGCCAGCAAGCUUUCUCAUGCGGACCUGGGCUGCCCGCGUGCCGCUGCUGCUGCGCGCCGCAGGGGGUGCAGUGCUGGGGCCAGUGCUGCCUUCCGCCCUGACUGUGCGUUGACUCGUCAGGACCUCAUUUCCUGGAAGCUCUCCCUGGACUACCACAACAUGAUGCCACUGCAGCCCAAGGAGGACGUGGUAGCAGUGGUGGGGUUCAUAGACGCGGAGAGGGUGGACGAGGAUGCCCUGCCUGCCAUCGCACAGGACGUGCUCAGAGGCGACAGGAGCAUCAUUGCUGCUGCCUUCGGCUUCACGCGGCGCUUUGACCCGCACAAGCCAGUGACGCGCGGGCAGGCAGCAGUGGCGCUGGCGGGGGGCGGGGUGAGCGAGGUGGUGGCGGGGGAGAUGGCACGCGUAGAAGCAGAGCACAUAGCCGAGGCGGCCAUGGCUGUGGUGCAGGAAGAGGCAGCAGCCGCGGCAGCGGCAGAGGCAGCAGUGCUGGCAGCAAAGGAAGAGGCGGUGGCGGCGGAGAGGAGGCGCCGGGAGGAGGCAGAGAGGGCGGCAGAGGCUGCUGUGGCGCGGGUGGAACGGAUUGAGACAGAGCUGCAGACGGAAAAGGAGGAGCUGGAGCAGCAGCGAGAGGUGCUGGCAGGGAUGAGGGCGGAGGCACGGCGAGAGAAGGAGGAAGCGGAGGCAGCAUUGGAGCAGCAGAGGCAGGAGGUGGAGAAGCAGAUUAGCAAGGUAGAGCAGGAGCGGAGGACAGCAGAGGAAGCACUUGCUGAGGCGAGGGCUGCUGCUGCUGCUGCCGCUGAAGAAGCAGAGGAGCUGCGAGUGGAAAAGGAGCAACUGGAGGCAAAGAGGCAUGUGACAGAGGAGCAGGCACAGCUGGUGCAGGACGCAGCGGAGGAGCUGCAACGGGCUCGCCUGCAGCUGCAGCGCAGGUGGCAGCAACAGAACGACAUAAGGGGAGGGGAGGAUGGGAGCAGCGUGGAUGGUGCAGGCAUAGGAACAGAUGAUGGUGGUGUAGGGGAAGGGAAGGAUGGCAGCAUAGCAGUGGAAGCGUCAGAGGAGGAGAAGCAGUUGCUUGAGCGAGUGGCUGGGAUUCUAGCCAGGAAGCAAGCAGCAGAGAGGGAGAACGGUGGGGGCUUUGCCUUUGGAUGGAGCCCUGACGCUGCGGUAGUGAAGGCCAGGCAGCUGCUGCAGCAAGCAGUGGAGCGGGUGAAGGCUGCAGGGCAGGCCGUCCCUCGUGUCCCUUCUGCACUAGCUCAACUUCUGCAGCAGCAGGCCACGUCCACUGUUGAAGGCGCCAAGGCUGCUGUAGGGGUGGCCCUGCAGCGAGGCACAGCUGCUGGAGAAGCGUCAGAUGGGGGGGUGGUGAGCCAAAUGAGGGAGCUCGGAAAGCGGUUGACAGGAACGCAGAAGCCACAAGAGGAAGCAGUCACACGCACUGUUGAAGCACAACACCGUGUCGGGGGGGACAAGGAUGGUGACGCAGGGAGCAGAGCAUCUGAGUUGGUGGAAGAAGCGAUGCAUGUUGGAGGGAGGCUUGUGGAGGGGGUGAAGAAGAAAGCACAUAAACGAAUGCACGAAGUUAAGGAAGUUGUGGAUCAGCUUAUGGAGAGGUGGUCCAAGAAAGGUGGUGCAACCCCUUAG